ACUGGUGGGCUCGAGUAGCCUAAGCUUAAAUUAGAGCACUAUCCUCUCACAUAGGUGCUGUAGGCUAUUCCACGUACGGCCCGUCAAGCACCAUAAGUACACUAAGAAUGAAAUAAAAUAAAAGCAUCCUCGCUUAUCCCACAUUCAUCUUCAUCUUAUCCGUAUCUACUUACCUACAGACUCUAACAAGUAAGAAAGAUAUAGAUUUAUCAUGGCAUCUUGGUACCAGCUCCCUGAAGAGAUUCGUCGUGCGGUAUUGGAUCCCUUACUACACGACGGUUGUCGCUUGGCCGAUUUCGCUACAGUAUCAAGAGAGUGGCAAGCGAUCAUCGAGAAGCACACCUUUUCUCGGAUCAAGCUGACGCCGUCACGCAUCGGCCAAUUGGGCUCGAUGGUUCCUCAUCAUAGGAGGAGCCUCGUGGGCUACAUUUGGCUUUGCUUAGAACUCCCAGAAUAUGAUUGCUUAAUGUGUGAUCCUCAGGAUCAGGACUCAUGGGGCUUGAGCAGCACAGGAAACAUUCUGGUCACUAAAUCUUUCCAAGCUCUCUUCUCAACACUCAGCGUAUGGGAACCAAGCGGUAGCUUGCUGCUAGAUAUCAGCAUCUACUCCCCCAGUGACUCAGAGCACUGGUUCAAAUAUCUGACCUUUGAGCCUGAUGUUCUUGCCAAUACAUCUGGGCAGGACCAACACGCGAUUCAGACCAUGCUAGCAAAAGCCAAAGCCAAGACUGAAGUUACCGACCACCACCACGGAUGGGUUGCUGGUAGUCGAAAAUCCGUUCCCUCCGAUACCGCUGUUGAAAAACUCUUUGAAGAGAUCAUGGACCUGGGGCCUUUCGAUGACGACGAAGAAGAGAGCCAGUGGUGGAAGCAACUUCCAUUAGUUCCGGCAAUCACAGGUGUGCUGCUUCGUCAGCAGAACCGGCGACGAUGGAGGCCAGCCACGUUGGGACAUAUCUUUGCCCUUCUGCCGGGACUCCAGGAGAUUCACUACGAGCCUUGGAGAGAAUGGCUAGAUAUCCAGCAGCGUUGGACAGACGAAUCUUUCUGCCUUCUUUUGGAUUCCUUCUCUUCCGACCGACUACGGAGACUCGUACUCUUCGAGAAUUUUGACCAGACGUACCCGGCUAGCUUCACGAACCUAGGUUGUGACCCUGUCCGAAUACCAUCCUCUCAUGUCAGUCGGGCGGUUGCUAAUGCCAGUUUCUCCCUUGAGCAUCUCUCGGCAUCGUUCAUAGUGGAAGCUAGCCAGUUUUUUGAUAUUCGAGAGCUUUCCUGGACGUGGCCAAAUUUGACAUGGCUUGCGUUGACUUCCAGACUACUCAAGCCACAUGAGAGCCCGACAGAGUUGGAUAAUAUGCUCAAGGCAGCAGCAGAAGCGGCCAUGAAAAUGCCAAGUCUUGAAACAAUGGAAAUUUGGAACGGAGACAAGGGAUUAGCGAUGUUCUUCAGGCACCAGAGCGCAAAGGGAGCGCAACCUGCUGUGAUAACCUGCAGAGGAACUUGGGAAUUAACCUUGCGACCUCUCGUCAUCCAGGCUUGGGAUGCAGUAGCAAUGAGGGAUCGAGGCCAAGGACAUGUCAUUGUCAAGGAGGUGCUGGAUGCUGGUGUUGUUAUCAGGUGUCAUGGUGAUGCCAUACGCCACCUAAAUCUGUCCAAACCGAUCAUUCGCCCAGUUUCAUUGAGGCAGAUUCAGAUGGAGUAUAUGCUACGAGAAGGAGUGCAAAUCCAAUAGCUCAAUCUCUUUUACUAGUGUAGUAUAAAGGAUAAUGGCUUAAUAGCAUGUUUGAAAUAGUGCGAUAGGAAUGGCCAUGUUCCGACAAAAACGGAGGGGGCGGCUUCAGAUUCGCAUUAUUGCUACUCUUUGAUAGCUCUU